AUGGCCGCUCUAACGUCCUUCUCGAAUUUGGAUCGCAAUGCCGAAAAUCUCUGGAACGAUAUGCUCGUUUACCUUAUCACGCAGAAACUCGAUCCGAUCACGCGUAAAGCUUGGAAUUUACAGGAAAGCGGUCGCGACGAUCCGCCUCCGUUCGACGCUUUUAAACGCUUUCUCGAACAUCGCAUUCGCGCAUUGGAAAACAACGCAAUCGUCGCCCCCGUGAAGCCCGGUUUGAAAACCGCUACCUCAGAUCGCGUUCACGCUGCCACCGCGUCAGCGAACGUGCCGCCAAAGUGCCCGCUAUGCGACACGCCCCAUUUUCUUAAUUCCUGCGUUAAGUUUAGGGAAAAGAAUCCGAAUCAACGUCGAGAAAUGGUGAAGCAACAAAAACGUUGUUUUAAUUGUUUGAGCGAAAAGCAUACAGUUCUGUCAUGCAAAAGUAAAUUCUCGUGUCGAGUUUGCAAGAAAAGGCAUCAUUCGCUGCUACAUAUCGAUUCGGAUUCUUCUUCCAUCGCUCCGGAAGCGGCGUCACCUAGUUGCUCGUCGUCUGUCGCUCCGGCUGAAAAACUCGAAGUGAAUUCUCUUAUCGCUUCGAUCGCGCUGCGACGUCGAUCGCACGUACUCCUCGCGACCGCGUGGGUAACGGUGCGGACGUCGUCAGGCCGCACCGCCGUCGUUCGAGCCCUGCUCGAUCAAGGCUCCGAAAUGACUUUUAUUUCCGAGUCAUUAGCGCAAAUCCUGCGAGCAAAACGCCGUCGCAUGCCCAUCUCCGUCACCGCCGUCGGUGGUAUACACGCCGGCACCUUUAAACAUGCGACACAGAUCUUUAUUUCCCCGUGUAACGCUUCUACUCCGGCAUUUUCAACUGACGCGCUCAUUCUCGGCUCGUUAACCACUUACAUUCCAAAGCGCGGUGUAGACAUUUCGGCGUUCACGCACCUUUCGGAUUUAUCGUGGGUCGACCCGGAUCCGACAAGUCUCGAUCCCAUUAGUAUUAUCAUUGGGGCUGAUCUAUACAGUACUUUACUUCUUGGCGGCGUCCGCAAGGGAGACGUCGGCCAGCCGAUCGCCCAAAACUCCGUUCUUGGAUGGAUUAUUUCCGGACCUAUUGAUUUUCCCGUGGUAAGAUUCCCGUCGCAUUCAUCCGUACAGAGCUCUCACGCCAGUAUUUCAACGCACCAAAUUUCGUGUUCUACUCUCGAGGAUGAGCUUCGUCGUUUUUGGGAAGUCGAGGAACUUCCACGACAAUCUAUUCUCUCGCCGCAAGAGAGGCAAUGCGAAACGCAUUUUCGCGAGACUCAUUCUUGCGAUUCCGACGGGCGAUAUGUCGCCUUCCUUUUAAAUCACCUCCCCUUCUCGAUAUCGGAACGUCGCGUCCUCAAGCCGAGCGCAUGUUAA